GUGAAGCAGUAGGUAAAGGGUUUGCCUUCUCAUUUCUCAAGUCUACAUAAAGUCCACCACAGUGGAUUCCCAAAAUUUCCAUGAAGUACAGUGGAAACUCCUUGGCUACCUUCAAGUUCCAGAGCUCACUAGCCAAAACACAGUAGGAGAAGGGAGAAACCAACGUCUGAUUUCGAAUCUGUAUGUUGUAAUAUUGUUUUGUUUUGAGGGGAAUUUAAAACUAGGGCUCAGAUUGGAUCUUGUUUUCUAUUCAAGUAUCUUGAUUUCUUCUGUUUCCUACAACUUUUCUCCUCUAGCAAACACAAAACUCCUUCUAAUUUUGGGGGUUGUGGUGAGGAGAUACUGAUGGCUUUGGAGCUUGUUGGAGGGGCUGCGUUGGGAGCAGUGUUUGAGAAGUUGUUCGCGGCGGUUGAAGAUGCAAGGACUAAGGCAACCAAGUUCGACUCCAGCCUCAAAAAACUCGAAGAGACACUCAAAUCCAUAAAUCCAAGUAUCCUAGAGAUGAAAAGGAUGAACGACCAGUUGGAUCGUCCAAAGGAGGAAAUGGAGAAGUUGAUCCAAAUCUUAAAAGAUGGGGAGAAGCUAAUCCACAACUGCUCCAAGGUCUCUUGUUGCAACUACUUCAAGAAUUGGAGGUACGCCAAUGAAAUCGAGGCCUUGGAGGACUCUCUUCUUAAAAUUUUUCAGGUGGAAGUGCAAGCCCAACUCAGUAGGAACAACGUGCAGAUUCGGGUCCUGCUCAAUUCAAAUAGAUUCAGUUGGAGCAACAAAGGGGUUUCCGUUAAAUAUGAAAGUUUGGGUUCCUGUGAGGCUACUGAUCCGCCGGCUUUUAUGGUGGGACUAGAUGUGCCUCUCAAAGAAUUGAAGAGGUGGCUGUUUACGGAUGGGGAAUCAAGGAUUGUGGUGUCGGCUCCUGGAGGAUGUGGGAAAACCACUUUGGCUAAAAGGCUUUGUCACGACCAACAAGUCAAGGAAUAUUUUCUGCACAUUUUCUAUGUCACGGUGUCAAAAACAUUCAACCUAAUUGGCAUCAUCAAGAAACUAUUUUGGCAUAGUGAUGAACAAGUGCCGGGGUUUCAAAAUGAGGAAGAUGCAGUCAACCAAUUGGAACUAAUGCUGAAGAGGAAAGUAGAAUCUGGUCAUAUACUGUUGGUCCUAGAUGACGUUUGGUCUGGGUCGGAAUCUUUCCUAACCAAGUUUAACUUCCAAAUAUCGGGAUGCAAGGUUCUGAUUACAUCUAGAAAUGAAUUUCCAAAAUUUGGUUCUACAUAUAACUUGAAAUUGUUGAGUGAAGAAGAUGCCAAGACUCUUUUCCGUCACUCAGCAAUCCCUGAGGAUGGGAGUGGUUCUUCCAUGCCCGGUGAAGACCUUGUGAAUACGAUAGUGAGGCGCUGCAAGGGAUUUCCACUGGCCCUGGAAGUGGUUGGCAGAUCGCUCCAUGGGCAGCCUGUAGAGAUCUGGAGAAGCACACUGAUGAAAUUAUCUGAAGGUGAAUCCAUUGUCAAUUCUGAAGAUGAACUGCGUAAUUGUCUUCAGAGUAGCUUAGAUGCCCUUGAUGACAAGGAUAUUAUGCUGAAGGAGUGUUUUAUGGACUUGGGCUCAUUUCCUGAAGACCAAAAAAUCCCUGCCACUGCUCUUAUAGAUAUGUGGGCGGAAUUGCACAAACUAGAUAAAGACGGCAUUUAUGCCAUUUCCAACCUUCAGAAACUCUGCUCUCGGAAUCUGCUUAAUCUUGUGGUCACAAGGAAUGAUGCAAAUGAGAUUGAUUGGUGCUACAAUGAUGCCUUUGUCAUGCAGCAUGAUCUUCUCAGGGAUCUAGCCAUUUAUCAGAGCAACCAGGAGCCCAUAGAAAAGAGGAAAAGACUAAUCGUGGACUUGACAGGAAACAGACUCCCCGAGUGGUGGACUAAAGAAAAUCAGCCCCAAUUAAGUGCUCGUCUUGUGUCCAUCUCCACAGAUGAAAUGUUCUCCUCAAGCUGGUGCAACAUGCAACUUCCUGAAGCUGAGGCUCUAAUACUGAACUUUAAUCAGACAGAAAAUAAAUACGAAUUGGCAGAGUUCAUGAAGCAAAUGGAUAAACUGAAGGUUCUAGUAGUAACAAAUUAUGGUUUCUGUGCUGCUGAAUUGACUAAUUUUUCAGUUCUCAGUUCCUUAUCCAAUCUAAAGAGAAUCAGGUUAGAGCAAGUUUCCAUUCCAACACUAUGCAACACGAGUAUGGAAUUGAAGAAUCUGGAAAAGCUAUCCUUAGUCAUGUGUCAUAAGAUUGGUCAGGCUUUUGCAAGUAGUACCAUCCAGAUCCCAGAAAUGUUACUAAACCUUAGGGAAAUCAACAUUGAUUACUGUAAUGACUUGGUGGAAUUACCAGAAGGGUUUUGUGACUUAGUCCAGCUGAAUAAGCUGAGCAUCAGCAACUGCCAUAAGCUGUCUGCACUGCCGGAAGGGAUAGGGAAGCUUGCAAAUCUGGAAGUGCUAAGGGUUAGUGCCUGUACAUUGGUGUCAAAAUUGCCAGACUCAAUGGGAAGCCUCCACAAGUUGAGCGUUCUUGAUAUAACUGGUUGUUUACGAAUAAGGAAAAUGCCAAAACAAAUAGGGGAGUUGCGUGGUCUAAGAGAGCUCCACAUGAGAAGGUGCCCAGGUUUGCGCGAGCUGCCACCAUCAGUGACGCUUCUCGUGGAUUUGGAGAGGGUAAUCUGCGAUGAAGAGACUGCUCAGCUGUGGGAAUGUUCUACGCACUUGCUCCCCAAUCUCACCCUAUCAGUGCCUGAAGAAAUUAUCAACUUGAAUUGGCUUUAAAAUACUGGUUUCUGAAAAACUUUCAUCCUCCAAAGUGCUGAACCGGACGCCUAAUUAUAUUCAAACAAUGUUCGACUUAUGAAAUCUAGUAAUAUUUACAAGGAUCUGUGAUAUCAUAAUUCAUCGGCCGUUUGUCAUAUUUGGUUCGGGCUUCAAUCAAGGAAUGCAUUUUCCUGCACCCCGUCCUCAGUGCCAACUUUGGUUCGCAUUAAGGGAAAUUUCGUGUGAACUUUUUUCACACUAAAAUUGAAUCCGGCUGGAGGUUGGUUUAAGACGGGACUUGAUAUUGAUUAGGGUUGGCCAAGGCUCAGGCUUGUAUUGACCUAUGAAGUUCACUGACCACAAAGAUCGAAAAUGGAUUCGGUUGCAUUUCUUAA